UUUCUACCAUCAUACGAUCGACUCUGCGCGUGCGCGAACCUCAUCACUGGAACCGCGCGCCAUUCAGCGCAUACGCACAUGGUCUAUUUGUGACGUCCCACGCGUUCAUUGGGCUGGCCGAAGAGCCAAGGUCCAAUCAAGUGCCGAUGCCUUGGAUUCGAACAUUCCUAACGAUUUUUUCGGUUUGAAAUGGUUGUUGCGGGAGACACGGGAGUGCGGUAUGGUGUCUGUUACUCCAUCCAAGAAGAACAUUUUCAACAACACUGAAAUGGACAGAGAACAGAAAACAACCUGGAAAUCAGUACCUCUUCAUCAGAUUCCAAACGGUACUCCAUUAAAAGACUUACAUAAACUCCCAUGUAUUUCAACAAGUAUCCAAAGGGAGAAUACCAAUCUGAAACCUCCAGACACAUUCCCUAUUAUCUCAUUAAAAGCUAAGAAAAAUCCUCAAGUAAUUCAUCAACUUCAAUCCACAGCCCUGGAAAAUGAGGGAACGUUUCAUGUAAUUCCUCCUGAAAUCAGUGAUAUAAUAGAUUCUGAUCCAACAAGUGUGAAAGUAAGCCAGAGUCAUGUCAAAUCUGAUUUAAAUCCUAUUGAAUCUACGUUGGUCAAGCAAAUAGUCUGUGAGAGUCCUGCUAAAAUGUUCCAAAAAAUGAAAGCUAAACUUCACGGUGACCAUCUUCAUAUCCCUGAAAAUCACCAUCUUCGAACUCCCCAAAAAAGAACUUGUGGUUUGAAUGGGGCUGUUGCAUCUGUGAAUGGACGUGUAAUAGAAAACACAUUUUCAGUCCCUACUCUGCCAAUUGGUUGCCAGACUUCACACAAGAAGGACCAUGUUCCUGUGAUCCAACAAUCUCCAGCCAAAAUCUUUUUACAAAUGAAACAAGGGAUUGAAUUAGGCAAUAAUCCAUUGGCUUCAGUUAAACUUUCAGAGCAUAAAGCGGGAUUGCUGCACAGUAACCAACAUGGAGCAACAUUUACAAUAUCGAGCCUGUCAAAUGAACAGCCCACAGAAAGUAUAGAAGCUUCACAGAAGAGUGCAACGAUAUCAAGUGUUGAUAACACUGUCAAAAAAACUGAAAAUUGGAAUACUCUUUAUUUGAAUGAGGAUACUGAUAAUGGCAAUGAGGGAGACAAUGAAAUGUCUCAGGAUGUCGCGCUAAACACCACAAAUUCAGUUUCUACUGGUAACCAAAUCAACUGUACAAAAAGUGCAAUUCAGGACUUCACCGAUGUUAGCGCUUCCUCCUUGCAAAAGAUUGUCCAUCCAGAUAAUGUAAAAAUGCUAACAAGGUCAAAGUGUUCUAAAAAAGAAAAUGAUGAUAUUCAAGAGUGUAAGAAUUUAUGUAAUAUCUUGCUGACAUCACCAAAGAUCAAUAUACCAAGGAGACGAGGACCAGAAGUAGUAGAAUCAACACCUGAGGAUGUUAAUGGUCUGGAAAGUAAAAUGGAAAAAAGGAUUACUCUCACCAAAUGGAUCAUCCAACAGAUAAAAGGCAGCAAUGAGAUUUGUGUAGAAGGAAAAAGAGAUACUGAUGGAAUAUACUGGCAUAGUAAUGUAAUUGCUGAACGAAUUAAACAAACUGAAGUGAAAUCUAUCACUGGUUCAAUUUAUGUUCUGAAAGGACCUUUGGAUUAUGUUGCAAUGAAAAACCAGGGAUUCUCUAAUUCCAUUUUAAAACAUUUUUUUCUGGGUUUUCCAUUGGAUUGGAAGGAGUAUAUUGAAGAAUUCUUUAAAAGGAGGUAUGUCAGUCUUCCUUUUCUAUACUGUAGUUGGUGUUGA